CCUCCACCUCUUGCAGUUUCCUCGUCCUCAGGAUUAGCAAUUUAACGCUUACAAUUCGUCUUCUAAUCCACCAUUGAAGCUCUGAAACCUUGAACCUGCCAGUCCGAGCCUCUCUAUUACUCUCCAGAACAGCCCAUUAAAGUCUCGGUCCAGCCAUGUCCUCUUCCACCACCUCCCUUCUCCGCACUUGCCUCCGGUCUUCCUCAAUCUCCCGCCAAGCUACCCACGGAGCUUCAUCUCUUCGUGCCCUCCACACCUCUUCCAGACCAGCUCUGAAUGCUGCGCAGUGGAAAAGAAGCUCUGCAUCUGCCUGGCUCCAACCCCGCCAGCAAUCCAUACUCGCGAACCGCACACGGCAUAUGCACACUUCCCCAGCUCUUGCACACGGAAGCGUAACACGACCUGCGCCUGGAACUGGCAUCAAAGUCCACUUCAAGGACGCGAAAGGCGAGCACCUCAAAACCAUCGAAGCCAACGAAGGCGACGACCUCCUCUCGCUCGCACAUGAGCACGAUAUUGACCUCGAAGGCGCCUGCGAAGGCUCAAUAGCCUGCUCAACCUGCCACGUCAUCCUCUCUCCCUCGCACUACGACCUCCUCCCCGAGCCGUCCGACGACGAAAACGACAUGCUCGACAUGGCGUUCGGCCUCACCGACACCUCGCGCCUCGGCUGCCAGGUCCAGCUCACGCGCGACCUCGACGGCAUGACCGCCACGCUCCCCAGCGCGACCCGCAACAUGUUCGUCGACGGCCACAAGCCCACGCACCACUAGUGCAGCUUCAGCUGGCUCUUGACGUGUGUCCGAAGACGAUGUGUUUUUGCCGCGUUACACUACUCCUGCUUCGCCUAUGUUAAUCAUGACCUUAUAGACUUGUUGAGGCAUAUCCCUCCGGUUGUUUAUCGCGAACUUCUGCAGAGAUGUUUUAUUGAUGUCAUUUUGGAUCGAGUACUCAACCUGACGGAGAAGCCGUCGUCGGCCAAUACUGGAGCCGAUGGUGUUAACUCGCGGGGAGAUGACGGAGCGUCAGCACGAGGUCGGGGCGUGGUUCACAGUGCUCAGCUAGCUUUGCUACAGCUGCAACUGACCACUACGACGAUCCGCCUCCGUCGUCAUCGUGCUCUCAGGUCAUUGAUGGGAUUGAAUAUCUUCUGCAGGAGCUCCCGGGCUCGAUCCUGGACACAAGCGCUACUCGCGGGCGACGUCGAAGCUGC